CCGGCUCCGCCCCCUAGGCCAAAGGCCUUCCAGGUCACCUGAGAGCCUCCGCCCAAUGGGACCAACCUGAGCCGAAGAGGAGGAGGUGGCGCCCGGGACCAAGAUGGCAUCGUCGAGCCCUGACGCCCCACGUUCCUGCGACUGCUUUGUCUCCGUGCCCCCGGCCUCAGCCAUCCCAGCCGUGAUCUUUGCCAAGAACUCCGACCGACCCCGGGACGAGGUGCAGGAGGUGGUGUUUGUACCAGCAGGCACUCACACCCCUGGGAGCCAGCUGCAGUGCACCUACAUUGAGGUGGAACAGGUGCCGAAGACGCAUGCUGUGAUUCUGAGCCGCCCUUCUUGGCUGUGGGGGGCUGAGAUGGGUGCCAACGAGCACGGUGUCUGCAUUGGCAAUGAGGCUGUGUGGACCAAGGAGCCAGUUGGAGAGGGGGAAGCCCUGCUGGGCAUGGACCUACUCAGGCUGGCUUUAGAACGGAGCAGCUCCUCCCAGGAAGCCUUGCGUGUGAUCACAGACUUGCUGGAGCGCUAUGGGCAGGGGGGCAGCUGCCGGGAAGACCCUGCACCAUUCUCCUACCACAACACCUUCCUGCUGGCUGACCGCACUGAGGCGUGGGUCCUGGAGACCGCUGGGAGGCUCUGGGCUGCACAGAGGAUCCCGGAGGGGGCCCGCAACAUCUCCAACCAGCUGAGCAUUGGCACGGACAUCUCGGCCGAACACCCGGAGCUUCGGACCCAUGCCCAGGCCCAGGGCUGGUGGGGGGGUCAGGGCACCUUUGACUUUGCUCAGGUCUUCUCCCUGGCCCGGCAGCCUGUGCGCAUGGAGGCUGCCAAGGCCCGCUUCCGGGCUGGGCGGGAGCUGCUGCGGCAACAGCCAGCAGGCGGCAUCACAGCAGAGGUGAUGAUGGGCAUCCUCAGGGACAAGGAGAGUGGCAUCUGUAUGGACUCAGGAGGCUUCCGCACCACCGCCAGCAUGGUGUCCAUCCUGCCCCGGGAUCCCACACAGCCCUGCGUGCACUUCCUCACUGCCACACCUGACCCAUCCAGGUCAGUGUUCAAACCUUUCAUCUUCGGGGUGGGGGCAGCCCAGGCCCCCCAGGUGCUGUCUCCCACUUUUGGAGCACAGGACCCUGUUCGGACCCUGCCGCGAUUCCAGACUCAGGUGGAUCGCCGGCACGCCCUCUACCGUGGACACCAGGCGGCCCUGGGGCUGAUGGAGAGUGAUCAGGACCGGGGGCAGCAGCUCCAGCAGAAGCAGCGGGAUCUGGAGCGGGACGGCCUGGAGGCCGUGCGGGGGCUGCUGGCUGGCGAGUGGGCCCCACCCCCCCAGGAGCUGGGCUGCCUCUUCCAGACCUUCGUGGAGAGGGAGCGCCAGGCGUACACCUGAGCACUGCAGCGCCUCCAGGACGGAGCGAGCACCUGCCCUGAGCUGGGUGGCGGGGCCGGAGCAACCCCUUCAUGCCCCUGGGCCAUGUUUUCUUAGUGGCCAGCUCGACCUUUGCCUUAAUAAAUGUGUUUUAUGUUCUUGUUCA